CUUGUUGACAAUGUACGUAACGACUGCAGUAUGUGGCCACGCCCCUCCCCAUUGACGGCAAAAUGGCGACGGAGAACUGUGAUGCUGUGAACAUGGACCCUGACAUGGAGCUGCUCAGUGACGAAGAAUUAGAAAGGGAAGCGGAGGGCUUCAAAGAGCAAGGCAAUGCCUUUUAUAUCAAAAAGGAUUAUGCAGAAGCAUUCAAUUAUUACUCCAAGGCCAUAGACAUGUGUCCAAAGAAUGCAAGUUACUAUGGAAACCGGGCAGCCACGCUAAUGAUGUUGUGUCGGUACAGAGAGGCUUUAGAGGAUUCCCAGCAAGCAGUACGACUAGAUAACGACUUCAUGAAGGGCCAUCUGCGAGAGGGCAAGUGCCACCUGUCCCUUGGCAAUGCUAUGGCUGCCAGCCGCUGUUUCCAGAGGGUUCUGGAGCUGGAGCCUGACAACAGCCAGGUCCAGCAGGAGCUGAAGAAUGCAGACUCCGUCCUUGAAUAUGAGAGAAUGGCAGAGAUAGGAUUUGAGAAGAGAGACUUCAGGAUGGUUGUUUUUUGCAUGGACCGUGCCUUGGAGUCUGCCGUAGCCUGUCACAGGUUCAAGAUACUGAAGGCAGAGUGCUUAGCCCUGCUGGGACGCUACCCAGAGGCUCAGUCUGUAGCCAGUGAUAUUCUGCGAAUGGAGUCCACCAAUGCAGAUGCACUGUACGUGCGUGGCCUUUGUCUGUACUAUGAGGACUGCAUUGACAAGGCUGUCCAGUUCUUUGUCCAGGCCCUGCGCAUGGCUCCUGACCACGACAAGGCUCGGCUCGCAUGCAGAAAUGCCAAAGCACUGAAAGCUAAGAAGGAGGAGGGGAACAAGGCGUUCAAGGAGGGAAGCUUUGAGGCAGCCUAUGAGCUGUACUCUGAGGCACUAACAAUAGACCCCAACAACAUCAAGACUAACGCCAAGCUGUACUGUAAUAGGGCCACUGUUGGAUCCAAGCUGAAGAAAUUAGAACAGGCCAUUGAAGACUGCACGAAGGCCAUUAAACUGGAUGAGACCUACAUCAAGGCCUAUUUACGGAGAGCACAGUGCUACAUGGACACAGAGCAGUAUGAAGAGGCAGUGCGAGAUUAUGAGAAGGUUUACCAGACAGAGAAGACAAAAGAACACAAGCACUUUCUGAAACAUGCCCAGCUGGAGUUGAAGAAAAGUAAGCGGAAAGAUUACUACAAAGUGCUUGGGGUGAAUAAGAAUGCCACAGAAGAUGAGAUCAAGAAAGCUUACCGCAAACGGGCGCUGUUACAUCACCCAGACCGUCACAGUGGAGCUAGUCCUGAGUUGCAGAAGGAAGAGGAGAAGAAGUUUAAGGAGGUGGGCGAGGCUUUCAGCGUGCUUUCGGACCCAAAGAAGAAGGCUCGCUAUGACAGCGGUCAGGAUCUGGAGGAUGACGGCAUGAACAUGGGAGAUUUUGAUGCCAACAACAUUUUCAAGGCGUUCUUUGGAGGCCCAGGGGGGUUUAGUUUCGAAGGUAACUCAGCAUCUGGACCAGGAAAUUUCUUCUUCCAGUUUGGUUAACUGGAGGAUUUGUCUACCUAAACAGUUACUACAUCAGGACUUUUCAACAAUGUCAACCCCUGACCCACCAUCCAUAUUUAAUGACUGAUUGCAAGUCAGAUUCCUGUCUAUGCCAUUGACUGAAUGAAUGCUACCCAAUGACCACAUGCAACAAAUGAUUUAAACCUGUAUUGCAAGGACACCAAGACGGCACCGACUGAGUUCAUAGUGUUACUGGUUUUGGAUUUAGUUUUCUUCCUUUCAGAAUCAAACAAACUUUAAAGUCCUUAAUGGCUAGCAACACUGUUCCAAAUAUUUUCUGGAUUUUUGAGAUAGCAGAGAUUGUGCAGCUAUUGUAUGAGAGCUUUUAGGGAUCCAUGCAGGAAGUGACAUCCUGCGGAAACUCUAGAGAUGCAACUGAGCAUUUAGCAAGCUAUCAUCGGGCUUGUCUCAACGUGAGGGGGCAUUCUCUGCAUGAUAAUAGUUAAUAACUUGCUUAAUGAUUUUCUUGCUUAAGAAAAUCCCUUGGCAAGCAGCACCUUCCCCUUUUGAAGAAUGUGCCAGAAAGACAGUUGGCUGCUACAAAUUCGCACUGAAAACUGCCUCCUUGUCAUAAGCCAACAAGAGCAUUUUUUUUAUUAUUAUUUACAGCUGGAGCCUAGACCUACACGUACAGUACAGCUGAAGCACAUUAGAAAGAUGGCAGUGAAGACAGCUGUGCUGGCUUUGUUGCCAGCAAAGUCCCCCUCCCUCUAAUUCUCACAAGUUUUAUGUUUGAUGUUGCCAUUCACAGAUUGCUGCAUUGUACAUUUUACUGGAAUGUAAAGUGUUCAUUUGUGAAAGUUUAAUCCCUUUUUUUAUUUUGAUAUGUAUAUUUAUUGAAAAUUUGCUGUCUGAUAGAACAAUCGAUGUAAGAUGUGGACACCUUUCUGUUAUGUAAAAGUUUGAAAGAGACACUGAUUAUGAACAUCCCGUUGACACAAAUUCAGGAAGAUAAUUGUUUUGUUUACAUGUUUCUACAUGAAAUAUGCAGAAAUAGAUACUACUCUGUAUGUACCUUUAAAUAUGAUGCAAGUUUACUUAGUGUAACAGAUAAGCAUACAAAUGGAACAAAUAUGUUUGCUAUUGUGGAAGAAAGUAAUUAUGAGAUAUGUUCAGUUACUUCCUGUUGAUGAGCGUGUUGUUCAAAUGGUGCACUUAAUGAUGACAAGAAAAGCGUCCUCAUCUUUGCUCAUUGUUUUUGCCCUUAUGGUGAAAUCAUCCUCUAUCCUUGAAAAGUAUCAGCUGUUUCAAUAAAGUUGACAUCCUCUGGGUUUCCCCUAAA